AACCAGACUGAGUUGGUUGAGUUGUCAUGUUGAAUUUUGGAUUAUUUAUUCGGUUUACUGGUACGUAUGUACUGAACUGAAUAAAAUCUUUUAAAUUGUAGCUUAUUUUUACAUAGAAAUGAAGUACUUAGGGCUGUUAUGCCUUGUUAUGGUAAUAAAUUACAAUGCUGGAAAUGCUCAAGUUCGUACGAAAGGGGCCGACGAGAAGGUUUCUCAAUUGACUGAUAUGAUUGCAAAGAAGUCUAUAAUAUCGUUAAACUUGAAUAAGUUUAAGGAAUACGUUAAAAAUCCUCCGCGAGAUUAUUCGUUUAUAAUCAUGUUCACGGCCAUGGCACCAUCGCGGCGUUGUGCUAUCUGCCAGCACGUUUAUGAUGAGUACUUAAUCGUGGCCAACUCGUUUAGAUUCUCCCCAUCAUACACCAAUAAGCUGUUCUUUGGAAUGGUUGAUUUUGAUGAGGGAUCUGAUGUUUUCCAAAUGCUCCGUCUCAACACCGCGCCAGUUAUCAUGCACUUCCCAGCUAAAGGCAAGCCCAAGCCUGCUGACACAAUGGACUUUGAGAGAGCCGGGAUUCAUGCGGAAGCCAUUGCCAAGUGGAUACAAGAUCGCACUGAUCAUCAGAUUCGAGUUUUCCGUCCACCAAACUACUCAGGAGCCGUAGCAUUCGCAAUGGUCAUCAUACUUGUAGCUGGAUUCUUGUAUUUGCGCAGAAAUAACCUUGAAUUUCUCUACAACAAGCAGAUGUGGGCUACAGCUGCAGUGUUCUUCUGUUUCGCCAUGGUUUCUGGACAAAUGUGGAAUCAGAUUAGAGGACCACCAUUCUAUCAUAGGACUAAAAAUGGCCCCGUUUACAUUAAUGGUGGAUCACAUGGCCAGUUCGUCUUAGAGAGCUAUAUUGUGGCCAUUUUGAAUGGCGCAGUGGUGGUGGGCAUGAUUCUGAUGAUCGAGGCGGGCGGCGGCGUGCGGAGUACGGGGGCCGCGGCGGUCGGGGGGGGCGGGGCGGGCGCGGCGGACGGCAAGCGGCGCCGCUUCCAGUCCGUGGUGGGGCUCGUGCUCGUCUGCGUCUUCUUCUCGCUGCUGCUGUCUGUGUUCCGCGCCAAGACUCAGGGGUACCCUUACAGUUUCCUAUUCAAAUAAGCAGAAGCUGGGUUGAAAAUAUAAUUAAGUAUAUCAUUUAAAGCGUGUAUGAUCUUCUUGGUAAAAUAUUUCUUUAAUUGUUGUGAAAAAAGUGAAAGUUUAGAAUAAUAAGAAUAUUAUAUUCUUCUUGAUUUUAA